AUGGCCAAGAGCCGCGGGGGCGGCGGGCCCGGCUCGCCCGGCGGGAGCCUGGCUGGCACCCGGGAGAGCUUGGCCGAGCCGGGCGGCGACGAGCUCAGCUCCCUCGGCUCCGACUCGGAGGUGAACGGCGGCGGUGGCCCCGAAGAGCGGCGCGUCGACAAGUUCGGAUUUAUCGUGGGCAGCCGCGGCGCCGAGGGGACACCCUGCAGGCUGGAGGAGGUGCCCUUGGAGGUGCUACGGCAGCGAGAGUCCAAAUGGCUGGACAUGCUCAACAACUGGGACAAGUGGAUGGCCAAAAAACACAAGAAGAUCCGGCUGCGGUGCCAGAAGGGGAUCCCACCCUCGCUGCGGGGCCGAGCCUGGCAGUACCUCUCUGGGAGCAAGGUCAAGCUGGAACAGAACAUGGGCAAGUUUGAUGAACUGGAUCUCCUCCCGGGUGAACCGAAGUGGCUGGACGUGAUCGAGCGAGAUCUCCAUCGGCAGUUCCCCUUCCACGAGAUGUUUGUCUCACGUGGAGGCCAUGGGCAGCAGGACCUGUUCCGGGUACUGAAGGCAUACACCCUGUACCGCCCGGAGGAGGGCUACUGCCAGGCCCAGGCACCCAUCGCCGCCGUCCUGCUCAUGCACAUGCCAGCUGAGCAAGCAUUCUGGUGCCUGGUACAGAUCUGUGAGAAGUAUCUCCCUGGCUACUACAGCGAGAAGCUGGAGGCCAUUCAACUGGAUGGGCAGAUCCUCUUCUCGCUGCUGCACAAGGUCUCACCUGUGGCCUACAAGCACCUGAGCAAGCAGAAGAUCGACCCCAUCCUCUACAUGACGGAGUGGUUCAUGUGCGCCUUCUCCCGCACCCUGCCCUGGAGCUCUGUCCUGCGUGUCUGGGACAUGUUCUUUUGUGAAGGGGUGAAAAUCAUCUUCCGGGUGGGCCUCGUGCUUCUCAAACACACCCUGGGCUCCUCGGACAAGCUCAAGUCGUGCCAGGGCCAGUACGAGACCAUGGAGAGGCUGAGGGCCCUCAGCCCCAAGAUCAUGCAGGAGGCCUUCCUGGUGCAGGAGGUGAUCGAGCUGCCGGUGACGGAGCGUCAGAUCGAGCGGGAGCACCUGAUCCAGCUGAAGAAGUGGCGGGAGGCGCACGGGGAGCUGCAGUGCAAGUCCCCCCCGCGCCUGCACGGGGCCAAGGCCAUCAGCGAGGCUGAGCCCCCUCCCCGCAAGGCGCUGGAGCCAGUCCCCUCCAUCAUCGUGCCCCCGGGGCCUGCCCCCGUGCCCAAGGCCCGCAAGAGCAAGGAGAAGAGCCGAGAGAAGAGCCCAGCUGGCCCCACCAACGGCCCCGGGGCUGAGGGCAACGGAGUGCCCGGCUCGGCCCGGGAGCUGCUGCACCCCCAGGUCUCCCCCCACCACCAGUCCAAGGAGAGCCUGAGCUCCCGGGAGAGCGAGGACACGUACUUGUAGGGCCAGCAUGGCCGUGGGGCCCUACCCUGGGCAGCUGGGCUGCGCACGGACCCCGGGCUCAAGGACACCCACCUAUGGGGGCUGUGCAGGGACCCGUGGCACCCAGUGCUGGGGGCUCUGGGCUGGAGAGAUGGGGACAGGCUGGCCGGUGUGGCUCCCUGGGGACACUGUAUUCCCCGUGUGCAGGGGUGCUCAAAGUCAGGGUGUCCAUCCAUGGGAGCUCAGCCGGCUGUGGUGACCAAAAGGGGCAGCUCAGGGCUUGUGCUGGGUGCCCAUCCCAGCAGGGUGCUGGCACCAGGAGCUGUGGGGGCCCUGGCAGGGGGUGGCUGAGCCACCUGAGCUCCUUCCCCAUGGCUGUGGGAGCCCGUCGGGCACUUCUCCCUGUCCCAGAGUCCCUCAAUCCACCACCUAAGGGUCCCUCCUGCAGCCCUCAACCCUGUGGCCACCCAGCAGACCCAGGCCCCAUCCCCGAGCACGCGUGCCUGGUGCAGGGGGACUGGGGGUAUGCGAGGA